CCGGAACGAAUUUCUAUUAUCAUGUAUACCUAGAUAUAUCAGUGAGUAUACUAAACAGUAAACGUGUUUAUGAUGUGUUUUAGUAUGUUUGAACAUAGGUAGUUAGGUAUAUUAUGCCGAAUCAAAUUCAUGAGCUGAACAUACAGCAGUGAACAACAACAGCCGUUAAAACACGUCGUUAUUGUCAAUUAAACGAUUGUCGAUUUGUGUAGUUGUGUAGUAUUGCGAUAAGUGGCAAACGUACGUUCGUCGUUCGUGUAGACGUGUAGACACUAGACAGUGUAGUUGUGGUGGGUACUAUUUUCGUUUAUCGUCAUCAUUGUCGUACUUCGGCGAGUUCGUUAAUUUAUUAUUAAUAGUUCAGAGACUAUGACCUUUCAUUUAUGUUAUGAAAAUUAAAAGUUUAUGAACUCUGAGUAGAACUGGUGAAGUUAUUUUAUCAGACGUGACUUGAUUUUAAUCGAUAUUAUCAUUUACCUAGUACAUAGUGGUGUACAACUACGAUUAUGUCUUCGCAAAAUAAACCGCGACGGACUAGUAGUCACAAAAAAAGAAAACUACAUUAUGAUUCGGAUGAAAUAUCAUUGGAUCGUAAUUUAGAAUUGUGUAUAGAUUCUGCAUUUAAGAAAAAUUCCCAAACAUCGUCGGAAAUUCAGAUUGACCUAUUUGGCGAAAUUAUUCCACCUGAUGUGUGCAUCAGUAAUGCAGAUGCUAAAAACAAAUCGGUUAAGAAGACGCCUGUAUCAAGGAAAAAGAAAUUGCCUAAUAAAGACACUUUAAUUGAUACUCCAGUGAUAAGACCUAAAAGAGUGUUUAUUCCUACUCCAAGGAUGAUGAAAGUAAUGAUGGAGGCACAAAAGGAAUUGUACUCCUUCAUGAACAGUAGUCCAAGUAAUGUUUCGAUUGCAUCAACCGAUAGUCUUAAUGUUAGCGGAGUACAACAUUUACAAAACAGUCCUAUAACAACUAUAAGAAAUGAACCUAAAAUAAAAAAAGAAAGUAAUGAUAAUGAUAAGAAAUCUCAACAAGUUCUUAAAGGAGUUGUUGCAUUUAUUGAUUACAAAAUCGACAAUGAUAAGUGUGAUUCCAGCAUUGCUAAUCAUCUCAUUAAUUUGGGUGCUAAAGUUGAAAAAACAUUCAAUAAAAAAGUUACACAUGUGAUGUUCUGUGAUGGCUACCGAAGUACAUAUAAUAAAGCUGUUAAACGUAACAUUCCAUUAGUUUCAGCAAGGUGGAUGGAAUAUAGCAAAUUAGCUAAUAAGAUACUAGAUCCAAUUGACUAUCCGCCUGUUGGUAUGGAAAAAUACACUAAAAAUCCAUCAAAAAUUAUUAAUAUUCCAAAACUCAAGACUUAUAAAAAGUCUCUUAAACCAAGUAAUAUUGAACGAGAUCAGCUAUUUAAAUCAAACUGUGAUAACCUUAUGAAACAAUUCAAUCUCAGUAUAAACCAUAAUAAUGGAAAUGAAGAAAAGUGUUCUAACAGUGACACUACUCCUCAAACAAAUAUUGUGAAUAAGCUAGAUGAUAUUUAUAAAUCAGACAAUAUCGUAAAUUUAUUAUCAGAUGACCUUUGUAAAGUAUUAAAUGAAAUUGAUAGUCCUGUACCAAAUGAACUAAUGGACGAGUCAAAUGUGCCAAUACCAAUUUCAAUAUUAAGAAAGCAUCUCACACCUGAUGGAAAGGAGAAUACAACAUCCAAAAAACUCGAUAGUAAAAUAGUUAAAAUUGAAGAACGACUAAAUUUAAAUUUUCAAGCUAGAAAGCGAUUUCGUAAGCUAUUAUUUCCUUCUGAUGAGGAUUUAAAUAACAUUCACAAAGUCACAAAUUUUCCAACUCAAACUAAAGACAGUAAUUCUAGAAUGCCUAUAAAUUCUACAAUUUACCAGACACCAAAAGAUUCUUUUGCAGAUAAUAACAAUAUAGUAUUACAGUCAAUUGCCUGUACUGGAAUGACAAAAGAUGAAACGAAAAUUUUGAAGUCAUCUAUAAAAAACUUGGGAAAAUUCAAUUUCCAUACUAAGGUGAAACCUAUGACUACUUAUUUAAUUACCAAAUCACAAUCUAAUCAAUCAUUAGAUAUAGUAUUUGCAAUGUCUUAUGGCUGUUUCAUCGUUUCAGAAGAUUGGGUAUACGAAUCACACAGAACUGGAAAAUGGUUAUCUCAUCAACCCUAUUUAAUUUCAGAAUUGUCGGAACCUGUUAAAGAAUUUCAAAUACAACGUCGCUCAACAUUUGGUUCAGUGUUGAAAUUUCAUAUAUUUGAUAAUGCUGGCAAAAUAUAUAUAUCAGAUACCUGUAAAUCACCUGCCAAACUUUUAAAACGAUUGGUGAAUGCUUGUGGUGGCCAUUGUACAAGUACCAAAUCUAUUGCAAAUGUUGUGAUAGGUGAUACGCCACAAAUGGAUGACAAUAUUCAUGAAAAAUGGAUUUUAGACUGCAUAUCCCAAGGGAUAUUAUUGAAUAAAAAUCAUUAUAAGUUAGUUAAUACUAAUGAAUAUUGAUAUUUUGAGCUGUGAAAUAAUUUUCAUAUAAACCAGUAUGAAUACAUUUUUGCUAUAGUAUUAUAAUUUAUUUAUUUUGACCACAUUGUAUGUAUUUAGACUAUAUAUUUUUGUCUAUUUUGUGUAUUUUCUUAUCAAAAAUCAUUGUAUAAUAAAGUAAAUACUAUUUUGGUUACAAAUAUAAAAAAUAAUAAAUUCUUAUAAUUUUUUUA